AUGGCUACUUUUGCUCCCAAUAUCAGUAAGAUUACAAAAACUUCAGCCAAAUUCAAUUAUGGUAGAAUUGCAAAGACAUUUCUUGGGGUAGCUGGUUCUGCCGCUAUUGCCACUUAUUUCUAUAACAAUGGAAAUCCAUUCAACAACAACAACAAUAAUAACAACAACGGAAAUUCUAAAAAUGUAGCUAAGGCAUUAUUUGGAGUUGGUACUGGAGCCAAUAUCAAAACAGCCAAAGUUCCAGAAGGGAAAACUGCUAAUGAUUAUCAAAAAGUUUAUAAUGAUAUUGCUACCAAGAUUUCUGAAAAUUUAGAAUUUGAUGAAAAUUCUGGUUAUUAUGGUCAAUUGUUAAGAUUAGCAUGGCAUACUUCUGGUACUUAUGAUAAAUCAGAUAAUUCUGGUGGUUCAUAUGGUGGUACGAUGAUUUUUGCUCCAGAAGAAUUUGAUCCAGAAAAUGCUGGUUUACAAGUUGGUCGUGAAUUUUUAAUGGAAUUUUUAGUGAAAUAUCCAUGGAUUUCAAGAGGUGAUUUAUGGACUUUAGGAGGGGUUGCUGCUGUACAAGAAUCGGGUGGUCCAAAAAUUGAAUGGAGACCAGGUAGAGUUGAUGAUAAUACUGCAUCUAAGGUACCACCAAAUGGUAGAUUACCCGAUGCUUCAAGAGAUGGUAAAUAUGUAAAAGAUUUAUUUGCUAGAAUGGGAUUUAAUGAAAGAGAAACUGUUGCUUUACUUGGUGCUCAUGUUUUAGGUAGAUGUCAUAAACAUAAUUCUGGAUAUGAUGGUCCAUGGGGUCCAUCAUUUAACCAAUUUACUAAUGUCUUUUACACGACCUUAUUGGGUGAUUGGCACAUUAAGAAAUGGAAUGGUAAAAAACAAUAUGAAGAUGAUGAAACUGGUGAAUUUAUGAUGUUACCAACAGAUAUGGCUUUGAAAGAAGAACUGUAUUUCUUGAAAUAUGUCAAGAUGUAUGCUGAAGAUCAAGAUUUGUUUUUCAAAGAUUUUGCUAAAGCAUUUUCUAAAUUGAUUUCAAAUGGUAUUAAAUAUCCUGCUGAUAGUAAACCAAUAUUAUUCAAAACAUUAGAUGAACAAGACGAAGAAUAA